AUGCGACACAACACCUGCUUCCUGCCAAAUGGCCUGACAUUCUCUGUGACGCCAGUGUUUGGCGGCGUGACCUUCAAGUCCAAUGAUAUGAACAAUCACAAUUCCACCUUUCCCCCAGGAUGGACAAUCAUCAUUCACAGCGAGAAGAGCCCUGCCAAUCCAGAUGGGGUACGAGGAAGGACUGGAUCGGAUCAGCCUCGGCCCUCGUCCAGCGACGAUGAUUCAAACAUCACCCGGUUCACCAAUCCUACCUUAUGCCGCGACUGUCUCUACAUCUCGUAUAUAGUCAAUCCCCCUUCAAGCGAGUUCAAGUCAGCAACGUCCCCUACGCGCCAUGUCGCAAUGAUGCUCUGGGCAACUCUGUGGUGGUACUUCCACGAGACCGAACCAGAUCUGCGCCUGGAAACCGCAGCAUCAAGCUCGACUCCGCACGACGGAAAGCCCACGGGCGAGUGGCGAGUUAAUAUCCGGCGAGAAGGCAUUUUCAAAGGACGCAACCUUCUCCAAAAGCUAGAGCGCAUGGGUCUGAUCGCCAGCGAAGACUCGUCGGUUGGCGUGCAGCCUGUCGAGACUCGAGACUCCAGCAACUGGUCCAACAUGUUCGUUAGCAGACGCAGCUUCUGGCAGCUUGAUCCGCGCCUGUUCCUCUUUACUCUGACGCCUCGCGGUGCUCCCGGCUCACCGUCUUUGACUCCCUUCCAGUCCCGAACCGCCUCGCCCGCUCGUGAGGGUCUGCCGACGGCGAUGCUGCCGCCCACGGAGGCCAAUUUCCACACCACCCACUUUGGCUCAUUCACCUCCGGUGGCCCGUUCACGUCGGCGAGUCAUCUGCCGACUUACUAUCCUCCUGCGCCGACGCAGUAUACCUUCACGAAUGGGGUGCGCCACCCUCUUCGCCCGAAACCGCCCCAUCAGGGCGAAGUCUUCUACGUGCGCUAUAUCCCCAGCGUGGAGCAGUAUCUGUCCUUCCGUAUCCCCUUCCUCCCUAUCACCAGGUCGACGACGACUGGGAGCCGACCCUCUACGCCGAAUAAGUCAUUGACCUCGCCGGUUACCAGUAUUGAUCAGCAUCUCGCCGAGGACAUGCCGUCUGACCUCGACACGCUGCACAAAUGGAUGAACGACCCCCGCGUCGAGGCGAUGUGGGGGGUCGGCGGCCCGAAGGAGGUGCAAGAGAAGUUCCUCAUUGAUAACCUGAGUAGUCGGCACAGUUUCCCGGUGAUCGGAUGCUGGGAUGGGACGCCUUUCGGGUACUUUGAGAUCUACUGGGUGAAAGAGGACCCGCUGGGUCGGCUGCUGGAUGGCGUGGAUAACUACGACCGUGGGAUCCAUGUGCUGGUGGGCGAGCAGCAGUUCCGGGGUCCGCAUCGUGUGGCGGUUUGGUUGACUGCUCUGGUGCAUCAUUGUUUCCUGACUGAUCUGCGGACGGAGGCGGUUUACUUGGAGCCGCGGGUCGAUAAUGUGAAGCUUAUCAAAUAUCUGCAGGACGUCGGAUUUUAUAAAGAAGGCGAGGUGAACUUCCCGCACAAACGAUCUGCUGUGAUGAAGAUCAAGCGGGAGUUCUGGGAAGCGCCGGUUCUAUAA